AUGACCAUCCUGUCCCUGUCCAACGAGCUUCUUCUGCUCAUCGCAGCUCACCUCGACUGCAGAGACCUGUACGCACUCGUACGUACUCAUUCAACCCUCUACCAUCAGCUCAUCGGCUGCCUCUACCGAUGGAACCUGGAAAGCCGCGGUUUCGCGGCGUUGAUCUGGGCCGCCAAAAGAGGCUCUAUCGGCACCCUUCAGCGGUUUCUCGACAUUGAAGUGGAUCUGGGCUGGAAAUCACAGUGUCGAGCUUACAUGACGAGUAAAAUUACUGCAACCAGACUACGCCGGCCCCCAUCGGUGGCAGAUACCAAGCCCGACCAUCCAAUCUGCCAUGCAGCGACUAAUGGUCGAACAGAGUUUGUGCGCAUGCUCGUCGAACAUGGCGCCGACAUCAACUUCAAGGAUACUUACGGGCGAAGCCCUCUUGCCCUAGCCGCUCGCCAGGACAACAUCGUCUUGGUCCAGAUGCUUGUCCCCCUUGGUGCGAGCCUGCUUUCGUAUGACCGGUCUUUUCAUCGGCCAGCAGCAAACGCUGCUUCUCAGGGCCAUCAUCUUGUCGCUGAUUAUCUGCUUCAGGAGAUGGGCAGAUAUGCUCCAGUUAAACUAAACCGCACCAUCAUGGCCGAAAUGCAGUGGAUGCUUCUCUACGCCGCAAAGGAAGGAAAUGUGAAACGCGUGCGCAUUUUUCUUUCAAAAGGGGCAGAUAUCAACUUCCAACCAAAGGGAGAAAGGUGCACGCCGCUCUGUGGCGCUCUAUCGUCAGCCCCUCGACCAUUAAAAGCCGUCAAGUUUCUGCUAGAUCGCGGCGCAGAUCCAAACAUUGCCCUAUCCGUGAAAAAUACCCGAACAGGCGGCUGGAAGACCCCGGCCAGUCCACCACUCGGCCUCGCCAUGCUCCGCGAGGAAAGCUUACCUCUGCUCAAAGUCCUGCUGAAAUAUGGGGCCGAUGCGAGCCAGUGCGGUCUGGCCUUGUUCGAGGCUAUCAGACUCGAGAAAGAGGCCGAGUUCCAGCUGCUAGUGGACCAUCACGCCGACCUCUAUGUGUCUCUCAAAGGCACGUCCCUUGCUGAUUAUGGGCGGCAGAGCGAUUGCCAGAGUAUUCGGGACGCUUGUCUGGGGCUUGAUCUUACGGCUCCUACGCGGGAGCUGGGUUACCGUAUGGCUUAUCGUUGUGGUACCCGGCGCAGACGCUAUCGAAUACCGAAUGAUACCACCUUGAGUGUCCGUAUUCCUGCUUAG